AUGAGGUUCUGGGUGGACUGGCAACUAUGGGAGAAACUGAGCGUGAUGAUGGCGGCUUUGAUCGGCCUUGUCUUCACCUACGGGCUUUGCGUCCUUGGUUACAACAAAUGGAAGAUGCGCAGGUAUGCCGUGACCGAGGCAAAGGAACAAGAGGAAGAGGCAGAGAUGGAUCCUAUGCUCCACAAGGAUGACAUCCCAUUUGGGGCGAGAGCUCUGGAACGAGGUAUUGAGAUCGAAGGAAUCUGGAACUCGAACUCCAACACACCCAUCCCGAGUCCACGCCAGCCCGCAACUCCUGUCGGAAGCAGACCUGCCAGUUUGGCACUGAAUUCAGUGGCCCAGAAUUCGGAGGACUCCAUAGUCUCGGUGGACUCUCAGGGCUCGAUGACUAGCCCAAAGCCAGUGCUCCCAGCUAGUCGACGAGCCAUCGCCUCCGAACUAGACCUGGCCUCUGCAGGCUUCGUGUACGAGGCACAGAAACCCGGCAGCUGGCGCGUCAGCUUCCACUCUCGGGCAUUCCCAUCGCGCCACCACCCAGAGGCAAAAGAUUACCGAUCAGGCUUAUAUGGAGCACAGAAUGAAUCGCAAUAUGCCGCAGCCUUGAAGGGAAUUGAUUCUCAUUCUUCGCCAGAGCACAAGCGAGUAUCACGGUUCACUAAGGGCCUUCGCCGGCGAUCAUCCGAAGAGUUCCGCCGCAAGAUGAGUCAGAUCUUCAACGAGAAUGUCCCAGAAGGACUGGCUGCCGAGCAGUUGGAAUUCAACUCGACCUUGCGGGAUGUCGUUCGAAGAUUCCGAAAUAAAGUAGAAAAGAAGGCUUUGGACAAAACCGGAAAAGUCCAAGGCAGCAACGACCCACGUGAUCUCGCGAUCCCGCCGACGCUGAAGAGGCAAACUGCGAAAGAACUUGUCCCUCACGAUCCUCGGCUUCUCCUGGUGUUAGACGCGACACCACAGCUCGCCCACGCCGCUUCCAGUUUCGACCGACGCGUCUCAACCCUGUCGAUCCAUACGCUCCUCAGCCUCAUGGAAAUGGAGGGACAAGAACAGUUUGAUGAGAGUGGGCUCCCAGGCCCUGGUGCCCCCACCCCGCUCUCUGCACUAGAUGGUGUUGCGGGGUUGACUGGCAGGGACAUUAAGCUAUUCGUCGAUGCAGGAUAUCACACUGUCGAGGCAGUGGCUUACACACCCAGGCGCCUGCUGGAAACAAUCAAGGGUAUCUCAGAACAAAAAGCCACCAAGAUUUUAGUGGAAGCCGCAAAGUUGGUGCCCAUGGGAUUUACGACGGCCACGGAAAUGCACGCGCGAAGAAGCGAGCUCAUCUCAAUCACCACAGGCUCAAAGCGCCUGGACACGUUGCUUGGAGGCGGUGUUGAAACAGGUUCGAUCACAGAAAUCUUCGGCGAGUUCAGAACCGGAAAGAGUCAGAUCUGUCACACUCUUGCUGUGACCUGUCAGUUGCCAUUUGACAUGGGAGGUGGUGAAGGCAAGUGUCUAUACAUCGACACAGAGGGAACAUUUCGUCCAGUCCGACUGCUAGCAGUUGCACAGCGUUAUGGCCUCGUCGGUGAGGAGGUUCUCGAUAAUGUGGCGUAUGCACGCGCAUACAACUCAGACCACCAGCUCCAACUUCUUAACCAGGCUUCUCAAAUGAUGUGUGAGACUCGCUUCUCACUGCUGGUUGUUGACUCCGCGACAUCUCUCUACCGCACAGAUUUCAACGGUCGUGGUGAGCUUUCUUCGCGGCAGACUCAUCUGGCCAAGUUUAUGCGUACUCUGCAGCGUCUUGCAGAUGAGUUUGGUAUUGCCGUUGUCAUCACGAACCAGGUCGUCGCGCAGGUUGAUGGUGGACCAAGUGCCAUGUUCAAUCCGGACCCGAAGAAGCCUAUCGGUGGUAAUAUUAUUGCUCACGCCAGUACGACUCGUCUCAGCCUGAAGAAGGGUCGUGGUGAGACUCGAAUUUGCAAGAUUUAUGACAGCCCUUGCCUCCCAGAGAGUGAUUGUCUCUUUGCUAUCAACGAGGAUGGUAUCGGUGAUCCUACCGAGAAGGACCUGGAAGACAAAUGA